AUGAGCCCUGGCAAUGUAUGCACAGUACUAAAAGAGUGGCUUGAAAGUCUGUUCAAUGAAAACAUUGCACUGGAAGAAAAGUUACAAAUUGGCCAGGAAAUAUGUGAAUGCUUAGUUAAUGUCUCAUCUGAGAGAGAGGUCCAUGACCUCAGCUUUAUCAUUCAUGACAAGAUUCAGAACUUUUUAUUGUCAACGAGGCCGGUGAAUCUUCAAGAGUCUGACGCUCAGCACUUACGUCGUAUAUGCCUAGAAAUUAUUCAGAAGAUUCCUAAUAGUGACCAUUUAAGACCAUUAGCUCGAUCUAUUCUUGAAACGAUGUUCAAACUGGUUGAGGUUGAAAAUGAGGAUAAUGUGUUAAUGUGUAUCAAAUCAAUAAUUGAUAUCCAUAAAUUCUACCGACCGUCGUUCUCAAAUGAUGUUUCUCGAUUUUUGGAGUUUGUUAAAGAAGUUUAUCGUGAUCUAAAGCUCCGAGCGCUUGAUAUUUUCGAGCCUAAAAUGAAAAUAGAAGUUCCUUCCAUCACUGAUGUGGAUAUUGAAGCAGAGGUUCUAAAUGCGUUUACUGUUACUAACGUAUACACUCAGGAACUUAAACCUGACGGUUCUUUAAUGAUUUAUCAUAUUCUGCCAAAAUCACGAUUUUCCCUUAAAGUUAUGCAAGAAAUUCCUAUUCUUGUUGUCCUAAUGUACCAGUUGUUCAAGCAACAUAUUCAUCAGAAUGUUUCAGAUUUUAUACCACUGAUAAUGGAUUUCAUCAACAUCAAACCGACAGAGGAACAAAAGGGAAGUGUUAAUUUUUCUCAAGAGGUGUUUAUUGAUUUCAUGGCUGCUCAAGUGAAAACCUUGUCAUUCCUUGCCUAUGUCAUUAAAAUAUACCAAGAUUCAGUCGAACGUCAUUCUGCUACUCUUGUGCAAGGCAUGAUGAACUUGUUAGCCAAUUGUCCACCUUCAGUAACUAAUAUGCGUAAGGAAUUUUUCAUUGCUGCACGUCACAUUCUAAGUGCACAAGAAAUACGUCCAAAAUUCCUGCAAGUUCUGGAUGAUUUAAUGGAUGAAGAGAUUCUAAUUGGACAAGGGUAUACAAUUCGUGAUUCUUUAAGGCCAUUAGCCUAUAGUACAUUGGCGGAUCUUACUCAUCAUAUAAGGAGUCACCUUAGUCUUUCGAAAAUUGCUCGUGCGAUUGAUGUCUAUGGUCGAAAUAUGCAUGAUAAUACGCUCCCAUUUUCUAUUCAGCAAAUGAGUUUACGUUUGAUACUGAAUUUGGUUGAGUGCAUUAAACACCGAGCAGUUUCUUCAACGUCUUCUAAUCAGGGAGCAUCGGCAGCAAACAACAAUAAUGCGGAAGAUGCACAUUUUAUUGGGUCAGAAAGACGAUUGCUUUUGCAAGCAUUACGCUUGUGUGUACUCAAGGCUAAAGUUGUAGCAGAUCACUGCAUACCUGCUCUGGAAUCUACAUGUGUGCCAGAAACUAGUGAAGAUGCUACAUCCAAUCCUGCAAAACACCGACCAAGGUCCAUACACGCAUAUCUAUUUGCCAAUCUACCUUCCUUCUCCAGUGAAGUUAACGAUGUUGGGGCAUUUAAUGACAAAAAUCCUUCUGCUUCAGAUUUUACAAAUGUUCCCAUUUCGAGCACCGAUGUAUCAAAAGCUCAAGAACCUCGCGUCGUUGAACCUCUAGCCAGAACACAACUUAGUUAUACAGAUAUUCGUACGCUAGUCAAAGCGCUUAUUAGUGGCAUUCGUACUAUGGUAACAAGCAUGAUUCAGUGCCCACAUGAUACUUCUCAACCAAACAGUGUUACUGCAAGUUCUUCAACAGCAUCGAAACCGUCUCUUGCUUCCCGAAUGCUCAGUCCAGAUGAGUUGGUUGUAUUAACAGAAUAUUUCACCUAUGGUAUGCGUAUAAUAGAUAUUGUACAGUUUGUUAACCGAGAUGGUCGGUUACAUUUAAGAAGCCAACCAAGUUCAAAAUCGCCUGAUGAACGUCUUCUUAUUGAGACAUUUGCUUUAACAUUUGCUCAACUGAACCCAAUUUCAUUUCAAGAGAUUUUUUCAUGCAAAAUUCAUGAGUAUGUUGUUUGGUGCAGUCGCAGUCCAUCAUAUACUAAUGUUGCAUUACACUUACUCUCACAACCAAAUAAAACAUCACAUUUUGGAUUUAUCUUACUGUCUUACCUAGUUGAUAGAUUAGAGCAAUUGGGAGAUGGUACCAGUGAGUCUGCGCUUUAUAUGCGAUUAUUAAAACUGUGCUUCAGUUCAGUAAAUAUGACUGGUACAGAAAAUGAAUUAGUAAUGAAGCUUCAUUUACGGCGCAUUGUUCAAGGCAGUAUGUAUUAUUGUCUUACAGCUAAAGAACCUACAGCCUAUCUAAGUUUACUACGUACACUGUUUCGUUCAAUAGGAGGAGGAGCACAUGACAAGCUCUACCGAGAGUUUUUUCCUUUAUUACCUGAGAUGUUGACUACUUUAAAUCGCUUGCUACGUUCACCGCAUCGUUCAAAUGCUCGUGAUUUAUUAGGUGAAUUGUGUGUUAUCGUUCCUGUUCGUCUGUCAACUCUGCUACCAUAUUUAUCUUUAUUAAUGGAACCGUUAGUCUACGUUUUAAAUUGUAACACUGUUAACCAGGGUCUACGUACUCUUGAGCUUUGCGUUGAUAAUAUGCAGCCGGAUUUUCUUCAUAAUCAUUUAUAUCAAGUUCGUGGUGAUAUGCUGUUGGCACUGUACAAUUCUCUACAUUCACCAAGUGAAUAUGUUCAAAAAAUGUCUUUCAAGGUUCUUGGAAAGUUAGGCCGUUUUAAUCGUACCAAUCUUCUCGAAACACAACGUCUCCGUUUGAACUCAACAGAGGGUGAGGCAGGCCCACAACUACGUUUUUAUCUGAAUGAGUUCCGUAAUCAGCCGAUUGAUAUACCGGUCCAAUCUUUUGUUGAUGCUGCUUUAGAGUUAUUACAGGAUUUAACUUCAGAUGAAGCCAGCAAAAUUCGUUCAUGGGAAUUCCUUCAGUCAGUAUGCGUAGCGGCCUUCAACUUGGACCAUUCCCAACUAUCGUCAUUGUAUGGGAAGGACUCAUACUAUAAUUUCUUUACUAACAAAACUUUAACUAGUCAGAUAGUACAGUUUAUUUAUGAUAGUAUAUAUCGUGUUUCUUGUCCUGAAAAUCUUGGCCCUCACGUAGCUACUCCAAAUUGUUGUAUGAGCGGUGAUUUAUACCAUCAUGUUAUGAUAAUGAAUAUGGCUGGGUUAUUUUUGGCCGGUUUAAACAAACAUCUACGUGAUACUCAUGGAGAUUUCCUUACAUUCCUUGUUAGACAUACUACUGUUCUCUCGAUUAUCCAACAGUUUAAUCCACAGCAUUUGAUCAACACCUGUGAUUCCUCCUCACAGUUAAACACAUCAGUUGAUUCUAAGAAAUCAUCUAGAGUUGAUGAUGCCCAUGAUUCAGAUGUUUCAAAUGAUAACAGUACUCGCUUAAAAAUGCCUUAUGAUGAACAAUCCAAAUGUUUGGAUGUAUUCAACAUAAGUCAAGAAAUUGACUCAGUGUUUCAUACUACAAAUCCGAUUCCACAUGCAGUGAAUCAUGAAGGAAACAAAACAUCUUCAUGGCUAAAUCCAAACUUAAUUAUUGAUUCUAUAAUGUUUGUUAUGGGUCAUGAAAUGAAACAGCUCACUCGAAAUAUGUGUGUACUCCUUGAAGUAAUACACAGUACAGCAUUCACUAUGCUAUCGGGUACUGCUAUGACAUCUCAAGAAAAUGCUGGAGAAAGUUAUACUACAGAGCAGAUUAAAAAGGCUGUUGCUAAUCUUGAUAUUUUCCAACAUAUUGGACAUGUUAUUGUUGAAAUGUUAUACCAUUCAGCUUGGUACGUGAAAUGGGGUGCUUGUGCUGCCAUACUUUGUCUUGCUCGUUUUAUUCAUCCUUAUUGGUUCUGUUCACACUUGAUGAGCUUGUUACGUGGCCUACUCUGUUGUAUUAAUAGUCUGUCAAAUCAAAUGAAUCAAGGGGCAGUUGUAAUGGCUCAAGAUUGUGCACGAAUAAUCAUUGCGAUUGUUUUUGCAGGCUUAAAAGAUACAAAUGAUACAAAUCAAUGUACAAAUGUGUCUACAUUUGAGGAUGAAGAUAUGAAAUCAGACAAACCCACUUUACCUUUAACCCGUAAACGCUCUUCUACAUCCACUCAACGUCGUCCUGUUCAAGUUAGACGUGGUCGUAGUGCAGGAAGUACAAGUACUAUUCCAGACACUCCAGAGUUAUCUACGAAUGAGUCAACAAGUAACACUGUUGGAGAGACUGUGGGAAAUGUUACGAAAGAAACUGAAAAAGUUACCUAUCCUCGAUGUGUUUCGUCUUCGUCACUUUUAUUAGACUCAGUCAUCAAAGAACUGUUGGAAUUUCUUCUAAGCGAAAAUGAUUCAGUCCGAGCAGAAGCACGGUGUCUUUUAAGAUUACUUGGUCAUACAGUGGGACAACCUUUGUGUAAAUUAUUAGCAUCUCAUUGGUACAAACAGAUUGGACAUGUCUUACCAUUGAGAGCACCAGUUCGUCUAUUGGAUCUACCCAUUUCAACGCAAUUAGCUGUACUGGAAACAAAUUAUUUUUUUAGUCAGUCAGCGAAAGUAAAGCCUUCAAAUAAGGUAUUAGAUAAUUCAAAGCCUUAUGAUUUCGAUAUAGAUAAUAAUGAUGAUGGAGUGGGUUUGCUACGCUAUGACCCCUCGAAACGGGAUGAUUGUGUCUUUCUAUCAGAUGUCCGCGCAUUACUAACUCAAUUUGAAGUGACCAGUGAACCGACUGGUGCAGUUAAUACUAACAAUAACAUUAGCAGUAGUUCUGCUGCAAAUGGUGUCAAUAAUAAUUGCACUGUGAAUCCAGAUUGUGAGAAAUUUCAGUUUACUAGGACUUCUCCGUUUUCCAAGAAUUCACCGUCCACCUUUAAAAAUCCAGUACUAUUCUCAACUAAUUGCAUGCGAUUUAUUAAUCUUCGAGUGGCUGCUUGUCAAGUCCUGUCGGUGACGUGGUAUUUAGAUGUACAGAAGUCACGAAAUUUAACAGCGUUAUUCAAAGGAUUAUCUUGUAAAAAUGAGUAUAUUAAUGAAGCGGCUUUCUUAUGCCUUCGCGAAUUUGCUAGUAAAACAAAUGUUGAUAUUGAACUAAGACAUGCUAAUAUGAAACAGAUUAUCCAAAAUGUUAGACAAGCUUCGAUUCGAUGUACCCAUGCCGUUCAACAAUUGGCUUAUUGUGCUCAGUUGUUUCCGAGUACACUUAAUGAACGUUUAUGCGAUGCAAUACAUUCUCAGUUGAACACUGCUCUGGAGGAAGCAAUUGAGAAGCAGAAUUCAGGAUCGAUUUCCUCAUUUGUUUCACCUAAUCUAGAGCUUUGCACAUUACUGCUGGAUUUAUUUCAUUCAAUCCCCUUGGCAACUUCUAACUACGUUUCACUACUAAUUGAAUCCAUAGUGAAUGCCGAAUAUGCAUUGAAUAUCGAUGUCACCAGUCCUUUGCGUCUACCACUAACUCGUUUUCUAUCACGUUAUCCUGCAGAAACGUGUGCUUUACUACUAACUGGUUCACGAUGGCCUCAAGACUCCCGUGCACAUAGAUUACUCUUGUUCGCGAUUAGUUGCCCUCAAGGCCAACCGAUAGUUGAUUAUUUAAAAGUAAAUUACCACAUACUUGUUGAUCUUAUUCAACCAAAUGAGAUUGAGGAUAAUAAAGGUACAAGCGAACAGAGUGAACCCCUAUGUUUACCGAAAGGUGGAUUUCAUCUAACUCCUGCUUGUCCUAGACAUUUAGCUAUUCGUGUAGUUCAUACAAUACAUCAGUUAUCACCAAACUGGUUGACAACGAGUAAAGUCUCAGAAAAAGAUACACAUAGAAUCAGCACAAAGUACAAGUCGAAUCAGUUAAAUCUUUCUGAAACUGGACUUCAUCCAUUAGUUACAUCUUUACUAGCCUACUGGCAAUCAGAUUUAUUCAUUAGACGACAAUCGAAUCUAACAAUGGUUAAAUUACCUAAGGAUUCUGACACAGAUCCAGUAUUGGAUGAGUGUGUUAAAGAUUUGCUGGAGUCAAGUGCAUUUAUCCCAUCGAUUCCACCUGAUGGUACCGUAUGUCUGCCAAUGGAUACGGACACUUCACCGGGUGAUCCUAUUUCAUUAAGUGGUUGCUCACUUUACUCAGGGACCACAGAUCAUACACACUGGGAUGAACCGAGACUUAUAUUAGACUGUUUGUUAGAUUGUUACAAGUCAAAUCCAAAUCAUUUUGACUUACUGUUCAUGAUUAUAAUUGGUGUAACACGAUUACGCUAUGUUGCAGACUUUCAUCCCUUACAUUCUUUCUUGGUUGAAAUAAUCUCGAAAUCUGACGUGACCUGGCAUCGUCAGUUAUUUUUACAUUUUGUAUCAAUUGUUAAAAAUCGACUCAAUCCUCUUCAUGGUAAUAACCUGUGGCCUGAUAGUAGUCCAUCAUCAUUCGGAGUGAACAAAAUUUCAUCAACAAAAGAAAUAUACAAGUUGUUAUGUCAUCUGGUACUGCCAUGUUUAUCGCAUGCUCUGGGGAAAAAGCAGAAUGCAAUAUUUCUCGGUGAACCAGCCAAUCCUUUUGAAAGAAAUGAUUCCGACUUAGUACACUUGUUUGUCUCAGUUCUACUGGAAGAUCCUGCAGUUCAAACAUGUACUGAACUCCGUGUUAUGUACUAUCAGAUAGCUAGUUUAUUUGUUUUUUAUGCACCAGAUUAUGUGCACAUUGGAGACACAAGUCAACAAGGAUAUCGGCUUCAAAAGUUCAUUAGUUUUGCUGAACCUUGUCUAACGAGCAGUUUAAGCUCUGUUGACUUACAAGAUAAAUACACUGGUCUUCAAUUACUUUCACACCUAAUUGCAAAAUUCAAUGUACUUCAAACAGCUACUAUACAAGUAUUUCAAUGUUUAGCGAAAGGCGCACAUACUGAAACGAAGAAGAUUGUUAAUCCUGCUUUAGAUACUUUUAUUCCAGCUUGGAUAAAAGGACCUGAGAAUCAGAUGACACUUGCACAAGUGACAAAAAAAAUUAUGCUUGAGGAUCAGGGUAUUCAGUCGUGUGUACACAUUCUGGGUAUGAUUGUUCGUCAUGCGGAUGUGUAUUAUCCUAUACGACAUCACUUAUUGCCACAUAUAAUUACUAUUGUCUCGCGUUUAUCGGUUCAACAGUUACCCAUUGAACAGCGUCGAUUAGCACUAGAUAUGCUAUAUACUACCGCUCAUUGGGAUGCUCGUUGUCGUCGUGAGAUAACUGAAAAUCAGUCGAAAAAGCAAACCAAUGCAAUAAGUGAGCCUGGGGAUAAAAAUAUACCGGACUGUAACGUUACAACUGAACAGUCUUCUACAACGGAGUCAAAUGACUCACUUAUAGAUAAACCUCAGCGUGACCAACUUGUCAACUUGAUGAUUCGGUUUGCCUGUCAAGCAAUCGAAGGAAUUCAAAGUGGAAAUUUACCUGAACAAUCAAUAUCUCGUACUUUAGGUCAAUUAGAAUUUGCUCUUCGCUCGGAUGUAUGGGGAGGUGAAACCUGUGAAGUUCGUCUCGGUUUUCUAGAUCGUUAUUUCGCUCCUGAUGAGUCAUCAUCUUCACACUCAGCCUCUAGUGCAACGUCUGGUACAGUCUCAAACUCUAGUCUUAAUUCAAAUCCAAUUCACGGUAGUGGGUCGUCUAACUCUACCCCAACAUCUACUCCAACUGGUUCUCAUGCAAAUUCAUCCACUAAUGCAGGACAGGCGACUGUUUUAUUGAUGACUAUGGAAGUUCUUCGCGUUUUAUUUACCACACUGGAUAGUCCAACCUUAUUGCUCAAUGUAAAACAUUUCAGUGCUGGAUUGUGUAAUGUAUUGACAAAGCAGUUAACAAAUGUACGUCUAAUGCGAUCAUGCGCUGGUCUGUUACGUGCUAUGCUUGAACGUUAUCCUGCUGAAGCAUCUCAUCGGCAAAAGAUUACUGCUUAUCCUGAAUUAUUUGAUAUCUAUUCAGCAGCAUUAAAAACAAUACAAGAUUCAUUCACAAUGUUCAGUGAUAACGCUUCAAAAACAACUCUGCUAACCAGAUUACAAUCAGCAUUUCUUCUGUUUACGUCAACACAAGUUCAAUCAAAUCCUUAUGCAUUUGUUGAUCGUUGCAUUGUACAAUUAGUCAAGCUUGUUGAUCGGCUUAUUCAAGAUGUAGUUACGCCUAACUAUGGUUCUAGUACUCAAGAAUCUGGAGCAUCAGCUCAGCUUACAGAUUUAUUGAUCAUGGGCCUUGAUAUGAUCAAGUCACGAUUAAAUGUUGUAAGUCAUGAAAUGCGUAAAACUAUGUUUGGACCAAAUUUAUGCCUUAUUAUGGAUCGCGCUCGAGAUCCUCGUUUAUUCUGUACUGUUUUACAAGUGCUGCGUGAUUGGAUAAAUGUUCCUAAGUCUGAAGAACACUUUGCUCCAACAGCUCGUGAGAAAGUAAACUUUUUCUGUAGACUGUGGCAAGCUUAUCCUCGUUGGAUUGAUAAUUCUCCGGAAGUUGUUAAAGAAAUACUUGAGUGUAUUUAUGAUGUUUACGCCAGUGGAAUUGUCUUCAAAAAUCAUGAUCUUUACGUUAAAUUAGAACAAGCAUUUUGCUGUGGUCUUAUUGCUCCAUUUCCUGAAAUCAGAGAACGCUUUACUUCUUUGUACUUGGAGGCAUCACAGAUUCGUUUUCCUGCAAACAACAGCCUACGUCGAGUAGAUACUUCUGUGUGUAGUCUUAACAAUGAAAAUAUUGCCCCAGGUGACUCUGCUGAUAUUCCUACUGAUAAAGAUCCUGCAUCUGUGGAUCAAUCGUGUUCAUCAAACCAUUCAAGUGCUUCACUCUUAGUUCGUCUCCUAUUUCUUCUUGUGUCAAACACUUGGGAUGAAGCACAUUUCCGUGAUGGUUUUUGGCUACCCAUAUUUUUGGAUGUUUUACUAUGCGAUUUGGAUACAUCUAUGUCACCUGUGUUGUCGAGUAAUUCUAUAUGCUUCCGUGACAUCAUCGAUUAUUUCCCAAAUUCCACUGACCUAUUAUCAUCGACAAAUGACACCCCAUGUGAUGAUUUGGAUAAACAAAGUAACAAUCAAACCACUAUUGCAUCAAUCCAACAGGAUGAUUUCAAAGCCCUCCUUGAUUCGCAAAGUGAAGUCUUAUGUGAAUUAAAUAAACUUACAGUUGAAACGGGAAUAAGAGGUAUGCUAUGCUUGGCACAUAGACGUCCAGCGUUAGCCACUUGUAUGUUCAAUCAACUUUGGCCUCAAUUAUGGGAUCGUUUAUUAUUGCAUCAGUCAGAAACUCAGUGUCAUUCAUCUGAUCUUCCAAUAGGAGAGUCAUCUGAAACAAAUGCAGUGACACAGGAACUUUCUAAUUCACUGCAAACAAGCCUAGCACUUGAUUCAGUGCAAACUUCAUGCCUGGAAUCGGCAAUUUUAUGCGAUAAUCCAUCAUUGAAUGGUCAUGGUUUAUCGCCAAGCGAAAUUCGAGGAUUUGUCAUUCCUCAGUUAGUUCGUUUUCUAACUUCUGAUCAACAUAUACAUGUAAAUGAACCACAUCCAGAUGCUCUUGGGGCUUUCUUCACUGCAUUGACAUCGUGUCCUGAUACAUUGCUUAUUCAUUUACCUCUACCUGCAAUUACAUAUUUAGGAUACAAUUGCAACCAGUGGUACACCGUCGGCUUGUUUCUUGAAUCAUUAUGUCUUCAUGCCUCCAAAUUUAAUACCCGGUGUAUAUCAAACGAAUUGAUUUACUCAGUCAGUCUGCCAUCAGGAGAACAAUGUGAUAGUAAUUCUUUUCAUAUCAAACCAAGUGAAUUUCCGUUUCGGGCUGCUGCAUUAUCACUUAUUACUUUGUAUGGUGAAAUAAAUGAUAUUGACUUUCUAACUUCUGCUUGGUGGUAUCGAAUAUCUCUGCGGCCGAAAUUUAAUUCACUCGAAAAUAGUAAUGAUUCUUUACGAUCAUCUUCACUGCUUGGAUGCUUCGAAUAUGCUCAACAUGGUCACUUGUUACGAUCUUUGGAUUGUGCUCUAGAUAAUCUCCCAUCUAAACAAUUUUUUGGUAGUCAAGGUACUGUAGAAUCUUCAUUAUUCGGUGGAUCAACAUCGGUAACUCGGGCUGUCGCUUCUACAUCAUCAUCCACUUCUUCCUCCAAUCGCAAAAUUACCUCGGUGGAUUCUUCUUCUAUUCACUUGGGAGAUAUCAUCAAUCGUGCACGCCUUCGUGAUCAUUGUAUCAUGCAGUUAAAACAGCUUGGUCAGUGGGACACGUUAGAAUCUCUAGUGACAUCUGUUCAAUCCUCAAUGACAUAUGGUUCUGGUAAUGCGAAUUUAAGUGGAGGUUCCGCCUCAGGUAAUACUGGUGGUUCGGGCUAUUGGGGUUUGAAAGCCGAUGCCGCAUGGCGACGAAGUGAUUGGUCUGAAGUGUACUAUUGUUUAGCUAGACUGGCUAACGAAUGUCCUCGUAGUGAACUACCAAGAUAUGCUCUCAUUCAAGCUGCUGCUUGUAUAGUUGGACGUCGAGCAUCGGGACUAGCAACAGCCAGUAACUCUAAUGUAGAUCUUGAUGCUUAUGACCCAGGCGACAUAACCUCUGGAUCAAGUAGUGUUCCUAGUUCAUCUGCUGGGAAUAAUGUAGCCUCAACUUCUACACAUUCAAAUGUAGCAAAUAUAACACCUUUAAACAAUAUGGUUAACCUGAUUCACACUUCAGAACAGGAGAGUCAUCGUGUAGUGAAUAUUACGCUUAUGGAAUGGCGGCGUUUACCUCUUAUUGUUACAACACUUCAUAUACCUUUACUUCAGAUUGCUCAUCGUGCAGUUGAAAUAACUGAGGGUAACAGCUUAUUAGCUCAAUAUUGUGCUCAUAUGUUCGGUGGACCUUGUCAUGGUUCUGGAGUAUCUGGUUCUGCGUAUUCUAGUCCCAGUCAGAAUAGUUCAGGUUCAUCAACUCCAGUAACGCAGUCUGCGUCUUCAACAUCUGUCAAUAUGAGAAUGCCACUCACUCAGGCGCUUCAUGAUUAUAAAACUAUAUUCAAAGCAUGGCAGAGUCGACCAUGUUCUACUGCUGAUGAUUUAGGCUUUUGGCAUGAUAUUUUCUCUUGGCGACAAGUUGUUGAAGAAUCUAUAAUCGGUAGUUAUCCCUAUGUACAAAAGGUUAAAUCGGAAAGUAAUAACUUGCUUGCUGUAUGUCAACGUGAAGUAGCAAUCAGUCAGUUGCAACUUGCUCGUGGUGCACGUAAACACCGAUUCCCAACCAUCGCUCAGCAACAUUUAGACAAGUAUACACGUAUGAACUUGCCACCACUGUUUGAAAAGACCAAACAAGAAAUUAAAUUAAAACUGGCUGAUCUACGUAAAGAUGAACUUUUAGAGGGUUUGGAGCUUAUGGAGAAAACCAACAUUCAACAAUUUGAGAAAAAGGACAGAGCUAGAUUCUUUUGUUACAAGGCUGUUUUCUUCUCUCAUUUCAAUAAGGGAGAUGAAGCCACUAAAAAUUUUGGUUACGCUACUCAAAUGCAGGAUAAUCUACACAAGGUCUGGUCAAUAUAUGGUGAUUUCUUAGAAAAUGUUUAUUCCAGUUAUCCGUCAGCAAAAAGAGAAGUUGCUGUAUCUACAACUGGUAUUUUCGCAAUGCAAGCGCUUAUGGAAGCUGCAAGUGUUUCUGGUGGUCUUGAACGAAAAAGUCGAGCUGAUAUCGCCAAGUGUUUAUGGUUAUUGACACUAGAUGAUGUUAAUGGCCAGCAACGUUUAGCACAUACUUUUGAAGCAAGAGCUAGUCGAGUCCGACCGGAAGUUUUCUUGCCAUGGCUUCCAGAUCUUGUAGCAUCACUGUUACGUCCUGAAGGACGUUUCAUUGUUCCAGCUUUGCGUAGAGUAGUCGCUUUAUAUCCCACCGUUCUUUAUGGGUACUUAAGAGGUCUGCAACACCAGUUAGCAACAGAAGUUAAUAAUGAUCAAAAGCUUGCUGAAAUAAUACAGAAUCAUCAAAAUAAAAAUGACCCAUUUAUAACAGCUAUUCAUAAUCGUAUCGCAUCAACACUAGGUUCAGAGAAGGAAUCUCUAAUGAAAUUUGGCGAUUUAUCCGGGUCAUCUAACAGAGUGAAUAAUACAGCCGAUUCUGGUGGCAUUCUCCGGCGAACUGGUUAUAUUUUUAAUGCACAACACUAUGCAUCAUCAGCACCUAGCUCUUCUAAAGUUAGCGUAAAUGUUUCUGGAAGCACUUACUCAAGUAAUAGUGGAGUGAAUUCUCCCAACUCAUCUACCAUUAUUAACUCAAAGAAGAAGAAACGUGUGAUCGUUGUUAUGCGAGGUGUUGAAGGUGAGCGGUUGAACACUUCGUCCCCUAAUUUGCCAGCACCACAACAACAAAAAUAUGAAGUGAGAGAACAGUCGCCUAGUUUAGCUAACCAUCCUAAAAAGGUUGUUAUCCGUAGUCCAGAUUUUGAUCCAACAUCAAAUGCCGAUCACGAACAAAUUGGUUACUUAAGUGAAGAUGUUGAAAUGACAGAGCCUGAUGAUGAUGCUGAAGUAACUGACGCUGAUCGUGACGAUGAAGACGAUGAUUGUAAUGCAAAUGAAGAUAUAGGGUUAAGUGAAACAGAUUCUGGUCCAAAAGUGGUUAAUAGUGAGUCGGAGCCUAAAAUCCCUUCGUCUGAUGCAAACGAUGCUGUCGGAACUGCAUCAACUGAUCAAGAACGGUCAGUCGAUGUUGGUUAUGGUAACACAGUCACGGGUUGCCUAUCUAACUCAGCUGUACAUGGCCUUCAUCAUACAAACAUACUUAUUAAUCAACUUCGACGCAAGCAUUCAUCCCGGUUAUAUGCUGUUGACUUAUUCACAAAUGAAGUUGGCGGUCGAUUGAGACCUACAUGGGCUGAACACCUCUUAACCCAAUUAUCCUCAGUCCUAGAUUAUCUUCAGCGUCUUGCUUGGGCUCAUUUACAUCCAGGCAGAUCUUGGUGUGCUAAAAAUCUUGAAUAUCAAACCAUUCCUGGUUGGCUAGCUAAUGAAUUAAAACAAAUUAGUCGUGAUUGUGGUUUGCCGAGAAACAUACUACAAUUUCAACAAGAUACAGAAGAUACUAUGUAUUCUCAAAGUCUACCUAAAAGUGAUUCAAAUUCUUCGGUAUCUACUAGUUUUCGAAAAGAGAAGUUGAAGUCACCAAGACUCAAGUCUAAUUGUCGCGUAUCUGAUUGUAACAAAACUAAAAGUGAUCCUGAUUAUACUUCUGAACGUGAUGAUGCUAAAUCUGUCAUUGAAUCACAAAAGCAAUCCACUUUAUCAACAAACCCACCAGUUUUUAAUGAAGUUAACCGCAUAGCAGCUGAAAUUCUACUCUCAGAGUGUGAAAGAGAUCCAUACUUUAAACAUCUUCAAAAGGUGCUUUCAAUUGAAAUGGAAAAGCUACACAACGAGAGCAUAUUGUCAGUUGUUCAGAAAUUAACACGACGUUGGAUACCAAUGGUUGAACAGCAUGUGGCUAAAUUACCUCAUCGUUCGCAUAUCACCAGUUAUGGAGCGAGACGUCUUUUAGAGCUGCCUCAUCUAAUGGUUUCUGUAAAUACAUCAAGUGCACCUUCCUCUGGAACAACCGCAUCAAAUGCACCGCAGGUAUACUCUGUUUUCUCUCCAAUGCCAACAAUUCCCUGUCUGGAACUUCCAGGAGAAUCUGGACUUCUUCAAUCAUCAGGAUCAAAUUUAGGCCCACUGGCUGCUCCGCAUCAUUUCCAAAAUGAAUCCAAUCAACAAAUUGGUGGUUUCAUUAAUAAUAUCCCUUUAUAUCUCCAUGUUGCUGAAAUUAUGCCAUAUGUAGAGCGUGUUCGGUGUUCAACUGGUCAAUUUUCUCCCCCUGCUCGUCGUAUUAGUAUUCGAGCUAGUAAUGGUAGACUGUUUUUCUAUGAUUUGGCGUGUCCAGUUAGUCCUCCAAUCGUGAAUCUAGCCGUUACACAUAUGGAUGCCAUAUGCUGUGCAAAAUAUUACGAAAUUCUUAAUGCCAUUUCGCUCAGAGAACCUGGUAAUCUUGAGCUUUUAACUGAACAUGACUUUUGCACACCAGCGUAUGUAAGUUGGAGGCAAACGGGUCCACUUCAAUUGUAUCAAGUGAUCAAUACAAUGUUGCUUGGGCAACCAGAAACAGCUAAAAGAAAUCUUUCACUAAGAGUUCCAAGACGAAUGGAAGUCGGUCCUUUUGGACUUUAUUUAACUCAAGUUGGAUCUUCUGUGCCAGCAGCAAAUACUUACAGCAUUAGCAAGACCACUGCUGUUAUUGCUGGUUAUUCAUCAGUUUCACCAAACCGAAGUCAAAGUAAUCAAUCAGUGCCAUCGACUUCUGAAGAUACAGUUAAACGUCAUCCAUGGUCUUUAUCAUUUGCUGAACCUAAUCUAUCCACAGAUAUUAGUGUAGAUCAGUCUGUUGCAACAGAAAUUUCUGGGUUUUUAAAGACUCAUAUUCGUAUACCAUCUCCUCCUCCUGGACCAUUGCCAAAUAUGAUGACAGUUCAGACCACCAAUUUAAUCCAUCAUUCAACAGUUGUCGGAAGUUCUGCAAUGGCUUUAGAAGCAAUUGGUCGUCCAGCUGCUUUAGAAACUGGUUGUUACUGUGCUUGUACUACACUUCAUGGUGUUUUAGAGAAAUGUAGUUGUAAACUGGUCAAUUCAAAAGCUAAUCCAAAACAGAAGUCAGAUGAGACAUAUCAGUCAGUUAAAUCUGAUCAACAAGAGAUAAAAACGAAUAAUUUUAAAUCUUCCGGUAUAGCUCGAGUGACAGAUGAUAUUUCUCUCAACUCAUCAUGUGAUACACAUCCAGUUGGAGCGCGAAACUUAGUAUGUUUAUUUUAUGAGAAAAUGUUGCCAUUGUUGAACCGCAACACUGAGAUAACAAAUCAAGAUUUCUUCAAGAUAUUUCGUCGUCUUUCGUCUAGAAUGCCACAGAAUUUAUACGUCCGUGAUCCUUUAUUUUCAAACCUCGGGGUCUUCAAUAAGGAUGAUCAAACUACGAACACUGAGUCUUUUACUGAUCAAGUAGAAUUCCCACGUGGAAAUCUUCUUCAACGUUGGGCUGAACACCAAAUGCUUGAUUCAGAGAGUUUCUGGUUAUUACGUCGUGGUCUGGCGCAUAGUCUUGGCUUGCAUGGACUUAUGGAACGUCUUUUCCAUUUAACAGCACUCCAUCCAGGUUGUUUAACCAUUGAUCCACGUUCCGGUCAUACGGAAACACAUCAAGUCUGUUUCAGCCUACCGGGUGAUAGUUUUCCAGAACCAUUACCACCGAUAAGUUCUGAAAGGUUAUUUAAUCAAGCCCAUUUCCUUUCUUGUUUCCUGCAAACAAUGCUUAUUCAAAAGAAUGAGAAAAUAACUAGAAGAAAAUUAUCAGGUAGUCACUAUGCUUCUAAAUUUUCAAAUGAGUCUGGUGUCACUAGUAAUUUUGGAGAUAGAUGGUUUACCGACUGUCGACCUGUACCAUUUCGCCUCACUCCAAAUUUAGCUGGUCUAGUGUGUUUACCUGGGGCUCCAGCAACAGUUGGACCUCUUGCAGCCAGUUUUACUACAGCUGCACAAGCAUUAAUGGUUUCACAACGCGAUCACACUUUAACUAGUCUUUAUCGGACAUUUUUACGUCGCGACUAUAUUCUGUGGCAUCGAGGAAGACAAUCUGCUGUUUAUGCAUAUCAGCUAUUAAUGAACGGACAAGAUGUAUACGCGAAAAAUGAUUUGAAUCAACAUUAUUCUGAUCAGUAUCCAAUGGAAAUCGAAGGGAAUGAAUCUUCAGUUAUAAACACUCAUGCUCCAACUCUUGUGUCAGAAAUGUCAAAUGAACAAUUGAUAAGUCUAGUAAAUCUUACAAUCGAUUCAAUGAGUAAUAAAUUAAGAGUUGCUUCAGAUUACUCAGGAACUGAGCCGAAGUCUUGGAAACUUAUUCAUGAAGCUGUAAAGCCUACCAAUUUGAUACAUAUGAACCCAAGUUUACUACCUUGGUUGUAG